AUGCAGGUCGAGCAGUUUUAUGGUUGCUACCUGCUCUACUGCACUAAUCCCAAGUACAAGGGGCACACUUACAUUGGAUUCACAGUGGACCCAAACCGACGGAUUAAGCAACAUAAUAAAGGAUUCAAGGCAGGUGGAGCGUGGCGCACCAGCCGGAAAGGACCAUGGGACAUGGCAUUGAUUGUACACGGUUUCCCAAAUGAGAUAUCUGCCCUGCGAUUUGAAUGGGCUUGGCAGCACCCAGACCGAUCUCGCCGUCUCAGCCAUGUCGGAAAGAAGCUUCGCACAGAAACCCGUUUUGCAUAUGCCUUCAGGGUGGUCUGUCAUAUGCUCAGGGCUGUCCCAUGGGUUAGGCUACCCCUUACAAUACAAUGGCUCAUCGAGCACUAUCAGCUAGACUUUCAGCCGGACUUGCGACCACCCCUUCACAUGGCCAUAGCGUACGGACCUGUCAAGGCCAUUCGUGCUUCCGCCAUGCGUGAACCUGUUGACAUUGCCCUCACAACGGGAGCCUGUGCCGUGUGCGGUGAGCCGCUGGAGGGCACGAGAAGCCUAAUGGAGUGCCCGUACACCGAGUGUAUCGCCGUUUCUCAUCUUUGCUGUCUUGCUGGACUGUUCCUCAAAAAUGAGCGUAAUCAGACGAUACCAGUGGGUGGCAAUUGCCUCGACUGCUGCAACUGGUUGCUCUGGGGUGACCUGGUGCGGCACAACAGAUGCAACUACGCCAAAUCGUCGGCUGCCCGCAUUGCACAGAGUGAUGGAUGCUGAUUCGAGGCAGGCCUAAUUCUUAACUCACUUCCUGGGUGAAGUGUGAUGUACACUCAAACCUCAUUUUGAUGAAGUUGCAUCUCACAUGCAAGUAAGUUCACUAUAUUCGAAAAUUUGUUGUAAAAAUAUAUUCUUAGCACUAUAUAUAGGGUGUUUCAAGAAAUCUGUCAAACAUUCUUAAAUCAGGAAGAGGCGCUGUUUGCUCUCUUUCUGCACAGUUGUUUUUUAUGUUACGGCAGGCAUCUUAAAAGGAUUGAAUACAUCAUUUGUAACAGCAAUUAGAAGAGUUAAAUACUUAACAUUUUGAUUAGUCAAGCUAGGUAGUAGAGUCAAAUGGCAGAAUUCACGUCCUUCACGCGAAAAACCAUUAGUGCUUUGAGAUUUCAGGAAAGUGGCCUCUAAGUAAUAACUGCGAAUUAAUGAAUUUCUCCUAAAGUCUGCGGGGAAACGGAAACCAAACGCCAAAAAGCGCGACUGCAAUAUUUGUCUGAGACGUCCGAAAUGAGGGAGCGCUGUUAUAUCAACCAUCAACCAACUUUGUUAUGCAGGUGUGCGGGCUGCAAUGGUAACUACAGCACGCAUGAUGCACAUACAUUAACGAAAGGGAAGAACUGCACCCUUAUAACUGCUGUUU